CAGCAAGCCUUCGCGGUAGUGACGUUGCCGGCGCCCUUCAGCGCAGACUGAGGAUGGCGUCCGCUACUCGCUUCAUCCAGAAGCUACGGAACUGGGCCUCUGGGCGAGACUUGCAGGCGAAGCUGCAGUUGCGUUACCAGGAGAUCGCCAAGCGAACUCAGCCUCCUCCCAGACUCCCUGUGGGCCCCAGCCACAAGCUCUCCAACAAUUACUACUGCACUCGUGACGGCCGCCGGGAAGCCAUGCCACCCUCGGUCGUCAUGUCCUCACAGAAGGCCCUGGAGGCAGGCAAGCCAGCAGAGAGCUCAGCUGUGGCAGCCACUGAGAAGAAAGCAGUGACACCAGCUCCUCCCCUACAGAGGUGGGAGCUGUCCCAAGACCAGCCUUACCUGUGACACUGCUCUGGACCACCUGUCUGUGCCCUCAGCCACCUGAGUGCUUCCCCUCCUUGUCAUCUCUCCCAGGGAAUGUGACCUAAUUUAUGACAAAUAUAUUAUGAUCUCCAGUA